GACAUGUAUCACACGUUUCUGCCCGUUUCUUAGCCGCAGUUAAGGGUGUUGCUUCUGCAAGAAUGCGGAGGACCCUGUUUCUCGGCAGCGCGUUGCUGUUAGCAUACUGCCUCCUACUGGCUGCGUCACAAGGAGAUGGAGUGCUAGGAGAGGAGUGCCUGGCGGAAGAUGGCACUUGUCCAGCGCCUAGCCUGCGCAAGUCCAGCAGCAACGCGACCUCUAUGCUUUCGCAAGCGCUCGGAGACGAAGGCGCGGCGUGGCUGGCGCACGUGUGGCCCGUGGUUCAGCCCGCCGGCAUCAGCGGCAUAGUAGGCUACGCCACCGGCCUGUUGGUGCGGAGGGUGGUGCAGAUGGUGGUGCUGGCCACCGCCAUCCUCAUCACAGCGGUGCAGGGCUUGGCGUACCUGGGCUGGGUGACGGAGGUCAUGGGGGGAGGCAGCGGGGGCGGCAUGGGUGCGGAGCAGCUGCUGGCGCUGCUGGCGGACCGGGUCACCGCAGUGGCAUCGCAGGGCCUGCCCUCCGUGGCGGGCUUCACCACGGGGCUCACGCUGGCGUUCAUGCCCGGCCUCCAGAUCAUCUAGCCGUGUGGUUGCCGAGGACUGCUGAGGACUGCUGCAGCCAGGGGUGCUGCGGCUUGCUGCGACCUGCUGCCGUCAGUGCUGUGUCUGUUGCUGCGGGCGGCUGCGGGCUGUUGGUGCGCGGAGUGAGGUGGCGGCGGGUAGAGGGUGUGUGGCGAGGCGUCAGCUGGAUGGCGAUGAGGAUAGAGGGUGCGGAGGUUGAUGCCAUUCGGGGAUGGCUGGAACUGUGAGUUGUGCAUUUGUGGAUGUGACGCGGCCCGGCGGCCGUGACCUGCAUUGUUUUGCUGCAUAUCAAUGCUGCGUAUUGUAGUAUUGCUGUCGUACUGGUGCCCCCAUCACAUCUUGCAUAUAGAACAGGCGACUGGGCGAGGUUGAUGAUGAUGAGCGGUGCGGCAUCAUGAAGGGCUCAGUGGCACAGCUGGUGCACGCGCGUGUAGCCAAAGCCCAUGUUGGCA